AUGUCUGACGGAUGUGGAGCACGUGAAAUCAUCUGGUUGAUCUUAUCCUUUAUUUUGCCGGUAAGUUUUCAAUUUAUUUAACAUAAUACUGUUAUACUAUUACAGCCACUCGCUGUUUUCAUCCGGAAUGAUGAGUUGAACGUCCAUGUGUUUAUCAGCAUUCUCCUUCUUUUCAUUUUCUGGUAAGUAAAGACUAUUUAUUGUUACUGAUUGCCAUUGUAAAGGUUGCCAGCAGUGCUCCACUCCCUAUGGUGCUGCUUCUACCGCACCUCCAGUUACACUUCCCCAGUGGAUCAAGAGCAACAAUAG